AUCAUAAAGAUACACCGCGUAUCUUUUUUUCAAAGACGUCAAACCCAGGGAUUAAAACGCCAGAGAUGAUUUAGGUGGGUGUCCAGGAUAACUCAAAUGCGUUUUGAAAGAGGGGCAGUCGUUCUGCUGCGCUUUACACAAAUGAACGAACAAAACUGAGCCAAAAAGAAAAGAAAACAAGAACGCAUCUGGAUUAAAGUAACAUGUCAGCAUAAAAGCGGCUGCGGUGGCAUAAUGGUGUCUUCUCCUGAUGAAUUUGACAUUUAAUGUGUCUCCCUGUUUUGGGAAAGGACUGCUGGGACUUCUGAAUGCUGUGUAAUUUUUUUGGAUCACCGCUCAGGUGGAAAUGUUUGUUGGCGAGUGUGCCAUUUACUGAGAGGGAGAGAAAUUUAAAGAGAAAUGCCAUUAAAGUGAGCAUCCAGCGGCCGGGCUGGAUCAGCGUCAAUACAGGGACCAAUAUAAUCACAGGGACACGCCUUGAAGAUCAUUAAACAAAUCAGAUAAAUGCAGCGCGAAAACCAUCGAUAGAAAUUAUUGAUGAGGUGGUAUAUAAGGCUAAUGACCGGACAAACCUCUGUUUACUGGUUCCCUCGCCAGCAGUAUGUUGUGAUACUCUUGUAGAGAGCUGAAAGAAGAGUGGAGUGCAGCAAACAGGGGGAGAAGUUUUCUUUACAAAACCAUAUUUAUUGCUGCUUUGGAUGAUUCGGACUGCAGUGCUGUGCUGAAAGAAGAAAAACAGAAAACUGCAAACAACAGCUGGAAUAUUUUUCUUCUUCUUCCACAAACUAGAAUGUCUGCUGUUUCUACUGCUGCAGGAAUUUCCAAACCGGGCAUUUUUAGGAGGAAAACUUCCGUGGAGAGUUUUUUGAAGUAUUUAUAGCAGCUCUCGUACGAGAAUGGUGGUUUUGACAAGGAGCCUAUGGAUGACCCGGUCUGUGGGAGAGCUGGUGCCGAGACAAUUCACACCCCGACCAGCUACGCUGUCCGUCUAAAACGCUUCCCCGGAGAGGCACAGCUGCUACAGGCUGGGGAUGUGAUGGGGUGACUGUUGACAUUCCCCUCACCCACUCCCCCCGUCUCACGCUAUUAACACUGUAACAUAAACAAUGGAUCAGAAUUUCUCAACUGUUCGAGAUGGCAAGCAGCUCGCGUCGGAGAGGGACUCGUCGAAACGCGUCCUGACAGGAUGCUUCCUCUCUCUGCUCAUCUUCACCACGCUGCUAGGUAACACCCUCGUGUGCGCUGCCGUCACCAAGUUCCGACACCUGAGGUCGAAGGUCACCAACUUCUUCGUCAUUUCCCUCGCCAUCUCCGACCUUCUCGUGGCUAUUUUGGUCAUGCCAUGGAAGGCCGCCACGGAGAUCAUGGGGUUUUGGCCGUUUGGAGCCUUCUGCAACGUCUGGGUGGCUUUUGACAUAAUGUGCUCCACCGCCUCCAUCUUGAAUCUGUGUGUGAUCAGCGUGGACCGCUACUGGGCCAUCUCCAGCCCGUUUCGCUACGAACGCAAGAUGACCCCUAAAGUGGCGUGUCUGAUGAUCAGCGUGGCGUGGACCUUGUCCGUGCUCAUCUCCUUCAUCCCCGUUCAGCUCAACUGGCACAAAGCUCAGACCACCAGCUACGCCGAGCUAAACGGGACGUACCCCGACGAGCCCCCCGACGACAACUGUGACUCCAGCCUUAACAGGACCUACGCCAUCUCCUCCUCCCUCAUCAGCUUCUACAUCCCCGUGGCGAUCAUGAUCGUCACCUACACCCGGAUCUACCGCAUUGCCCAGAAACAGAUACGGAGAAUAUCUGCCCUGGAACGGGCGGCAGAGAGUGCCAAAAACCGCCACAGCAGCAUGGGGAAUAGCUCAAACAUGGAGAGCGAGAGCUCAUUUAAAAUGUCUUUCAAACGAGAAACCAAAGUCUUAAAGACACUCUCUGUCAUUAUGGGUGUAUUUGUGUGCUGCUGGUUGCCCUUCUUCAUCCUUAACUGCAUGGUACCUUUCUGCGAGCCGACCUUGCCGGAUGGGUCCUCAGAGUUCCCUUGCAUCAGCUCCACCACGUUCGAUGUAUUUGUGUGGUUCGGCUGGGCGAACUCGUCGCUCAACCCCAUCAUCUAUGCCUUCAACGCAGACUUCCGCAAGGCCUUCUCCAUCCUCCUGGGGUGCCACCGGCUCUGCCCGGGCAGCAACGCCAUCGAGAUCGUCAGCAUUAACAACAACAUGGGGGGCCCCGCCGCCAACCCCAACUGCCAGUAUCAGCCCAAGAGCCACAUCCCAAAGGAGGGCAACAACGCGGCCAACUACGUGAUUCCCCACAGCAUCCUGUGUCAGGAGGAGGACUUACAGAAGAAAGACGGAUGUGGGGGGGAGAUCGAGGUGGGCACGGCGAACAACGCUCCAGAGAAACAGUCUCCUGCCAUCUCUGGGAAUUUAGACAGCGAUACCGAGGUGACGCUGGAAAAGAUCAAUCCCAUAACACAGAAUGGACAGCAUAAAGCCGUGUCAUGUUGAGAAAAGGCUGAGGUGGAUCGAAAUGCAGUGAGACACGUAUGUACGCACAAUGGGAGGAGAAGCUUACAGAGGACAGCAGAGGAAACAUCAGACAGACAUGCC